CCCCGACACAGUUCCCUCUCCUCCCUUUCUCUUUCUUCUCCUUUCUUCUCCUUUCUCUUCUUUUCUCUCUCUCUUUUACCCCACACUCUCUUCCGCCACCAAUCUUCCCCUCCCUCUUCCCUCUCCCUUUCCCCCCUCUCCGCCCCCUCUCACUCCGCCCCGUCUCCUUCAUUACCUCCCUCCACUCAACCCUCACUCCUUUAAAACACCAUGCAAUACCCAGUUGCCCUCCAGACAACAACAUCCUUAAGCGGCUCUUCCCCUGCCUCUCCAGAGCCCCACACUCCCAUCCCCGAGAAUGAACCCAAGGUGAUCAAGAUCACCAACUGCAAGAUCCUGCGCGAGCACAAGAUCGUUGAGAAUGACGCCAUCUGGAUCCAGGGUGGCAAAAUCAUCGACCCCCACAAGUUCUUCUGGUACCAGAAGCGUCUUCCCGACACCGUCCUCGAUGCUGGCGGACUCCUCGUCGUCCCAGGUUUCAUCGAGGCUCAAAUCAACGGUGCAUUUGGAGUAGACUUUUCUGUCCCAUCUGACCAUGAUACUUACGAGAAAGAUCUGUUGAAGGUCAACCGUGGUCUGCUCAAAUACGGAACCACCUCCUACUGCCCCACCAUCGUCUCAUCCUCAGCCUCAGUAUACCAUCAGGUCCUGUCCCACUUGAAGCCACGAGCUGGAUCUGUUAAGACUGGUGCCACCAUCCUCGGUGCCCACGUCGAGGGACCCUUCAUUAACGAAGCCCGUAUCGGUGCCCACGAACUGAAAGUCCUGCAGCCCUCUGCAAAGAACGGUUACGCCGACUUUAAGGACGUGUAUGGUUUCGAGGGCGACACCCCCGAGGCACAGAACAAGCUGUCGGAGGAGCAUCAAAACUCGGUCAAGAUCAUCACAUGCGCCCCAGAACUUGAGGGUAUCAUGGAUACCAUUCCCGAUCUUGUCAAGGCUGGAAUCACAGUUUCUGUCGGUCACUCCAUGGCCAAUGUCUCCCAGGCAGAGGAGGCUGUCAAGAAGGGCGCAACGUUCAUCACUCACUUGUUCAAUGCCAUGCCACAGUUUCACCACCGCGACCCCGGUGUGAUCGGUCUCUUGGGCUCCCGCUUCGAUCUGCCCCGCCCAUACUACGGUUUGAUCUGCGACGGUAUCCAUGUGCACCCCAAUUCGGUCAAGAUCGCAUACGACUCCCACCCAGAAGGUGUCGUCCUGGUCACGGAUGCCAUGUCCGCCAUGGGUCUCGCACCUGGAAACUAUCAGCUCGGGAACAUGAACGUCACGAAGGAAGAGGACCGCGUCUACAUCGAGGGCACAGAUACGCUUGCCGGAAGUGUCAUCACCCUGGACGCCUGCAUCCGAAACUUUAUCCAUUAUACAUCCUGCACGUUGAUUGAGGCCCUUGAGGCCGUGACGCUGCAUCCUGCAGUACUGUUGGGCAUCCAGGAGACCAAGGGUGUAAUCAAGACCGGUGCGGAUGCCGACCUAGUCUUCUUGAGCGAUGACCUCUAUGUGAAGCGCGUCUUUGUCGCAGGCGAGGAGGUCGAUUUGGAUGCCAUUGAUGUCCAGAUCACAGAGAAGUUCUAAACUGGUGGUCGGAGGUGGAGGUGGAGGUGGAGCCUUGCCUCGUCGUACAUAAUAUAGAGAAAAUAAAAAUGUAAAAAGCAUAGGGAGUUUUCCUAAAUCCGGGCGCGUUUAGUCGUCAAAAUCCGUCAUCCAAAAAGACAUCUGCCCUCCGGGUGGU